GCGGCGCCAUGCGGUGCCACGCGGCGCAUUUCAACUCGCAUCCUCGUUGUCUUCUAUAUACGCGGUACGAGUUUUUUAAUGCGAACGAGUGUCGAGUAUUGGCGAGUGUUUCGAGAGCCUCGAGAGUGCCGAAAUAAGUGAAAUGUGUCGGGCGUUCGUGUCAAUAACAACAUUACAAUUCCGUCAUUGUGUCUCUUACGGAAGAAAAUAGGUAAUAAAUCGUAGAUGACCUAUCAUUACCUACAAAGUUUGUAAGCAUUUGGUAGAUGGUAGAUGGCGUAUGGCGACGCAUUUGAAUUCUUGGCUAUCGUGCAUCGUGCAUGGUGCAUGAUGAUGGAACACAUCAUGUUCUGCUCGCAUCUGCUUGUAUCUCUCGUACCAUCACUGAUCACACGUUCGUCGUCGGCUUCUCGUUGAUACUGAUGUUGACUCAACGAUGAUUGAGGCUGACAAAAUGUUGCAUCUGAGAAGAUACCUCACGCUCGUCGUCCGUUCGCGACUGCGUCCGCCACGAUAUGAGACGACGACGAUAAGUCGUCCGCGGGAGAUGCAACGCGGAGGUUAUGUUUUCGGGUAUAUGCAUCCUCUGUACGAUAGCCUGCGACCCGAGAUUCACGCCCUGACGUGCAGCAGGACGUAUAGUGCGACAGUUCUGCAAUCGUCGCCAUCCGACACCGUCGAUCAUAAAUUAAUGUCGUUUUGUGACAACGUUAAAAAAGGCCGAAUUUCGGCGGACAGUCUAAAGGAGGUUAUCGACCUUUGCUGUAAAAAUGAUUAUCAAUUGCCUCACGAUACCGGCAUUUUGUUGCUUAAAUGCUGUGGCAAUCUACUGCCAGAUCUAGACGCGGCCGAAAGGGAUUAUCUGGCGGACCAGGUAUGGCGUCUGGCAAAGAAGAAUAGUGGAGCACUGACGCUGGAGUAUUAUAAUACUUUGCUUGGCGUUAACGAGGUUAACUCCAGGUCUGUGAAUCCAAAGAAGUUUCUGGCAAACAUGAGCGUAGAGCCGGAUGAAAAUACUUAUCGCUUGCUUUUGAGCGCAGCCACAAAGGCAGGUAACAGUGAAUACUUGUGGGAUAUUUUGUCCAUGAUUAAAGACAAGAAUAUAGCUAUCUACGAGGAAGGGAUCAAUGCGUUAGUACAGAUUUACAUAACUAAUAAUAAUAUCACUGAAGUCGAACGAAUCUUAACGCUUAUGCAAAAGGCGGAAUUGUCCACAACUAAGGUAUAUACUGAGCUAGCGUGCGGAUAUGCGAGACAGGGCGAUAUUCCAAAUUUGGUCAAGAUAUUAAAUGAAGAGCCACAAGACAAUAUGAAUCUUUUGAGGAUAAUAAAGGUUCUGAGCAUAUCCAACAACAGCAGGCAUAUCCCAGUUGUCUUGAAUUUUCUAAUGAACUCUGUACCAGCAAUCGAGCCUGAGAUUUCCAAGAUGAUUACAGAAUUGGUACGUGCUGAUCGAACCGUGGACGGUCAUACCAUCAUAAAUUGCCUCGCGAUGAAUAAUGCGACGAAAGAUGUCAUGCAGAGUAUUGUAAAUAAUUUUAUGAACGAAUUAGUGUUAGUAAACGCUCCAGUUGACGAUAUCAUUAAUUAUGCAAAUGACUUUGUCAAUUCCGGCUACAACCAACAGGCGUUGACCGAUGUAGUGGAAAUCGGUUUGAAGCUGGGCAGAGAGAAACUGUGUUUCGCGAUAUUUCAGGCGAUGAGAAGUAAGAAUAUCGAGGUACGGCCACAUUAUUAUUGGCCUUUACUGCUAGGAGCCUACCACAAGAAAGGAGAGGCUGAGAUAUAUUCGCUCGUCAAGUCCAUGAUGAACGCGGGUGUAGAGAUAGAUUCUGAUACGCUGAUUUAUUACGUAUAUCCAUAUGUAAAUACCGUGAAUCCAAUUAUAACUCUACAGAAAUUAAUAUUGCAUAAUGUUCAGGGUUCCGUCUCGUGUACGCCUCUGAUAUAUUUUUUGCUACAACAGAAUCGGCUACGAGAUAUUAUGCCACUAUGCACGUAUCAUAUACGCUACAAAGUGUAUUACAAAGAACUGUUGAAACCAUUGGUACGCGCCUACCUCGCCACUAAAGACUUUAAAAAUUGUGUAAUGUUAUUGACGGCAUUUCCACAAGGUCACGAUUUCAUCGGUUUGUUCUUGAGAAUGUUGAUAAAAAUCGAUUAUCCAAUUUAUAUAGAGGAUCUACAACUUCUCAUGGAAGAAUUAGAAAAGCAAGAAGCAAAGAUAUCACAGGAGGAUGCGACCAUUCUCAAGAACAGAUUGCAACAGAAUGCAAAUGUUAAUUUCACGACAAAGGUAAAGAACUUGAUAGACGAUCUGGUCGAUCCUUCUAUGAAAUAUAUGACGGAUACGUUACACCCGACAUAUAUGAACAUCAAGGAAUUGACAUGUUAUCUAGUAGAACUGAGGAACAAAAAAGCCGAUACUAAAAAUGCUCUGCACAGAUUAUUGGUCGCGUAUUGUACCGAGAAUAAUUUCAAAAAGGCCGAAGAGAUAAAACGGGAAUAUGACGCGUGCCAGUACGAGUGGACGCCUAGCUUAAAAUCGAUUUUAUUCGAAUUGUAUCUUAAGCACAACAAAUUAAACGAGGCCGAGGUACUGUUGCCCAGUUUACAGAUCAUGCCUGAUGAAGUCCAUUUAAAUAGGCUCAAAAUCGUGAUGUACGCCACCGCGUUAGUGAAGGCAGAUAAACCUACAAAGGCUUUUGAUGUUAUUAAUACUUUUACUUCCACUGUCGAUUCCAGAGUAGAUGCGCAAGCACAGUGUUGUACGCUUCUGGAGGUGCUGGCACAGAGUCGAUAUCACGAGCGCACGAUAGACAUGUUAAACCUGCUCCUGAAGAAGAAUUACUGUCGAGUAACUGUGGACUUGUUGAAACCAUUGGUGGCGAUACACUUAAACAAUAACAAUAUCUUAGGCGCCAUAGAUGUGCUCGCAGAAUGUUCGGAAAAGUAUCAUAAGGCGCCGUUGGCAUUGGAAAUGUUGACAGUAUUGUUGGAGCAAAAGCACACUUCAAAAUUACAAAACGCUAGUAAUUUCAUAGAGCAAGUGUAUGAUAUAAUAGCUAGCAGCUAUUCUGUCACAGUAGCAAAUACAUUACUGGCAAUAGCAUUAGCGACGUUGAAUAAAACAGAGAAAGUGCAAGCUUUAUUACAGGAUCACCAACUCUCCAUGAAUUGCCUUGUAUACUAUAUUAACAACACAAAAAGUAAUAUUGUUAUAGAUGGUUUGCAGACUCUCCUCAAAAUAGCUGAUGCAAAUCAUUUGGAUCAAGAUACGAUAUGUAAAAUGCUUCUUUCUGUGUACAGUAAAGCUGGAGAUUGCCAUCGCGCUUUAGAACUGUGGAAUAUUAUGUGCACGAAGAAUAUCAAGCCCAGCGAACAAUUCGAGAAGAAUUUUAUUCAAUUUUUAUUGUCACAUAAAAUUCCGCUUCCCUCAGAGUUGGACAGAAUAAAAACGAAAUAAAUGAAGUCAGUAAAUUUAAACAUCAAGAACAGUAAUACAUGUGGAAUAAAGUAUCCAAAGGUAAAGUAGCCAGAUGAUAGGAAUUCUUAAAAGAAAUUUGACAAUCUGUAUAAUAAAAAUGAUUUGGAAAAUAUGAUUUUCGACUCUAAGAAA